AUGGCGGCACCUCUCGAUACAAAAAGCAGCGUUCCCCAGAAUAUCGCUGCUGGAAGCCCGGAGGAUAUCAAGAAAUUUGAUCCUGAUAUGGCUUCUGAUGGCUGUGACUCUGAGAGGAGGCUCGUUUCAGCUCUAGCGCAGUUACAGGAACUGGACGCAAAGGCAAGAAGAAAAGGAGAUGACCGUUUUUCAGGCCCCAAAUCUCCACAGGAACUGUUCGAUCAAUUGAGCCAAACUACGCGCGAAGGACAUCAAGAAAUUGAGGCCUUCAAAGCUGCGUGGCGAAGUCCAGAAACGCAGGCUGCUUUUGACCGAGCUAAAGAAAAGCUGAAGGAAAGCGACGGAAACUAUCCUCAAACUACUGGAACAUGGGAGCGAGAUUACGGCGCGAUAUUGACCCGAUUUGACACAGAAAAGAGGUUGAAGGAUGAGGAACAGAGAAACGAACAGGAGGAAGAAGAGAAGAAACUACUCGCGUCUACCAACACAAGUCAACGAUUCGACUGGCCAACGAGUGGAAGAAUGGAACGUUACACUGGAGUCACGAUUACAUGCAACGAAGCUCGAGCAUGGUAUAUUUAA